CGCCGUUCUUCGCUUGUCCGUGAACAUGUGUGCGUCGAGGAAUAGUGUGAAGAUCAUAGCUGACGGCGGUUGAAAGAAGUCUGUGAAGAUUGUUUGUGUGAGUGAGGUGCGUGAUGAAGAGCGGCGGUGCGGGCCGUGAGGAUGAGCAGCGCAAGGCCCUUCGAAACCUUGGGAUGAGCCUGAAGCCUGUGGCACCCGUAAGCCAUAAGCCAUAAGCCAUGCAACACAAGAAACACAUGGCUGCGUUUGGAAGCACUUCCGUGUCGUGUGGUGCAUGCUGUCUGUUCAGAAGUCGGUGUCCGAGAGGCAGCAGGUCCCCAAGCAGGUGGUCGGGCCAGAUCCCCUCAACGAGCUUAUGGCGCAGCACCAGAAAGAUGACUGGGUCAGCCACCACACCUUACCAGAUAAUGUCCCUGCCCUGCAUGCAGUGCUCACUCUCUGACUCGACUGCCAGGACGAGGAGGAGGAGCGUCGGCUCCGCGAGGAGAACGCACGCCUGGAAGCCGAAAUAAGGGCCAAAGGUAUCAAUUUAUGCAUGGCUCUUUAACACGACGACACACAUGCACCCUUGUGUUGUUUGUUCUGAAGAGGAGGCCGAGAAGCGUCGCAAGGACGAGGAGUUGAAGAAGAACCUCGGCCUCGACGACGAGGACCUCCCCACCCCCCCACCCAAAGCCACCCCGCCCCCGCCAGCCACACCCCCAAAGGGCGCGUCAGCCUCGCUGUCGCCAUCGCCAUCGCCGGCGGCCAAAGAGCCCCUUGCUGACGAGCUGCUGCAGGCCAUAUCGGUGGUGGAGAAGGGGCUGACCGAUGACAAGGGCAACAGGGGGGACGUCCCCAAAGGUGGUGGGCCGGACACGGCCCCGUCCCGUCCAGCUGGUGGCGUGUCGGCCCCUGCAGCUGCUGUAGAACCGAGGAAGCCUCCCGCUGCCAAGGCUGCCGCUGCUCCGCCACCCACGGAUAAGGCUGCCGACGUUGGCCUCCCAGCUGGUAAGAAAGAGAAGAAAGAGAACAGGACGAUACGGCUUUCCACACCAACGAGGUUUGGCCGCUUGUGAUGGUGUGUGUGUAGAUCCUUCCCCGGCACCGAAGCGUCCGUUGGCGAGUGCCCCAGGUGCGGCCGCUGAGGACAUGUCGCUGCCCAUCUUCUCGAUCGAUGACACGGGGGGCAAAGCCGCACCACCCCCGCCACCCCCAGCGGCCCCCAUCGCAGGUGGAGUGUCGGGGCAGCCAGCCGCAGGGGGAGGAGAGGGGGCUCCAUCGGGAGGGCAAAGGACGCGCCGACGCGUACCACUCAGCACGGUAGGAUCAGAUAAGCGUCGCCAUGAGAGAGAGAGGAUCACUUUUGCUGCGGUGACGUGUUCAUUCCUUGGUGCAGAAGCGGUCUGGUCUAUCGGGGUCUCCGCCCGGGGACCCCUUGCCGUCCGUCGGUCCGUCUGAUGACAAACUCGAUGUCGCACUGGGACUCGCGGACCCCUCGCACCGCCCCGUGACCGCUCCCGACCAUCUGGCGCUCCACGGCAUCCCACCGAUGCCACUCCAGACCGAGGCAGACAGCGGCCGGGGUGGGCCCCCCUCACUCUCACCUCCGGGCGCGCACCGCCCCGACGUGACGACGGCCGCCAGCCCACCACUAGCAGCCGCGCCGCACAUGUCGUCGUUGCUGGAGCAGCUGCGCAGCGAGAAGGUGCGACUGUCUGGUGAGCUGGAUGGUGCGUACAAGAAAAAGCGACUCGAGAUGGAGCUGCUCGAGUCGACAUGGCAGCGGCGGCUGGCGGCCGAGCGGACCGAGUGGAGUUUGGAGAAGGACCGGCUGGAGAUCGCCGUCAGGAGGCUCGAGGAGGAAAACAGACGGUGAAUGGGCCACUGACCCCCUUCACCUCAACCACACCACAUCGCAUCGCAUGGCAUCGUGUGUCUGUCUGCACAGGCUGAAGUCAUCUCAGGAUGAGGAGUUGCGUCUGUUGGAGGGCGCCAAGGCCAACCAGCAGCAGGUGCUCGACGCCGAGAGGGACAAGGUGCGCGAGGAGGAGCGCCGCAAGCACCACGCACUCAUGGAGGAUCGAGACGCCGCACACCAGGCCGCCACUCGCCGGUACCACCAGGAGUUCGACCGCAAGCUGGGCGAGGCCAAGGACACAUACGAGGAGCAGGUGCGGCGACUGAGGAAACAGCUGCACGACCAGGCCACCGUCGCCUCACUCGCAGACAAAGUCCAGGUGGGCGAGGCAUGGAGGGAGGGAGGGAGGGAGUGUGUGUGGCGGGUCUGAUGACGAUACCGAUUGACGAACGAUUUCGGAUCGGUCCGUUUUGGACCACGUGCCGACAACUGAGGGGUUUGGCUGAGGGACACGCCCAUAGCACAGCACAGCACAGCCUCCACCCCUAAGUGCAUGUCACGUCCAGACAGAAUGACUGAUGCACUCACACGGGCCUCUCUGUGCCUGUCUGUGUCUGUCUGUCUGUCUGUGUCAGUCGUCUACGCGUCACGUGGAGGAGUGGAACGUCCGCCUGCAGGCCGACAAGACACUCGAGGAAACCCGACGCGCAAAAGAGGUACGGCUCAGCACACACAAACAGGAUGUUGCCAAUGCGUCUUGUCUGUGUGACAGCUGGAGGCCCGACACGCGGAGCUCAAGGAUAUGGAGAAGAAGCUGCAUCAGCGGCAGCGUGACCUGGACGACCACGAGCAGCGGCUCAAGACACUCCAGGACGACAUCAACAGACAGCGCCAGGAACUGGACCACACCGCACAACGAGACCAAGAGAGGUAGGCAGGCCGAGAGAGGGAGGGUAGCAAACAGCCGGCCGACAGUUGUGUGUGCGUGUGGGUGGAUCAAGGGUGCGUCGCGAGAUGUUGCGUCUGGAGGCCUUGUCAGCGGCGCACCAGGGCGAGGAGGACAAGACCCGGUCCAAGUACGAGGAGGUGGAGCGGGAGCUCAACCUGCAGCGCACUGAUCUCGAACGACAGCGACAGCACGCCGCCACCCAACUAGACAAGGUCAUUCACUCUGCCAGACGACAAUACACUCAACCGCCCCCUCCCUCACAUGUCAUGCGUGCGUGUAUGUGUGUGUUUAGGUGCGUGACGAGUUGGACGAGCGCGAGAAGCGGCUGCGUCAGUGGGCCGAGACCCUCAAGGCACAGCAGCAGGCCGCUGAGGACUCCGUGCUCAAGGCAGAAAGGAGAAUUCGCGAGGCUGAAAGCCACGUCGCUGAAGAAAAGUGAGCGAAUGGACACACACACACACACACACACACAACACAUUCAGGCUCCCUCUGCACACACCGUCCCUUGUCUGCAUGCCUAUGUGCAGGCGUAAGUUGGUGCAGGAUCUCCGCCUGGCCGCCAGGGGCAAGGAGGACGUCGAGAGCGCACAGCUGGUACACUUGACACAACACCACACAACACAACACGCCGCCACUUACAACACACAAUCCACCCACCCGGGCUUGUCUGUUGGUUGCCUCCACUGACGCAGCGCUUUGCGGGGGAGCGUGCGCAGAUAGACGAGGAGCGUCAGCGUGUCCACGCCAUGAAGAAGCGCGUGGCGGCCGUGGCGCUCGAGGUGCAGCAGAAGAGCCAGGAGCUCGUCGGCAUGUACCUCGACAUGAAGACAGAGGCACGGCGCGUCUACAACCUCAAAAACCAAAUCAAAGAGGCAAGAACGCCCCUCACUCCUCACCACCAGCUGAGCUGAAAUGGGUGGAUCGGUCGGUGUCUGAUGUCCCUCUCCUGUCUGUGCAGGGUGAGCAGGACUAUUCCGACCGCCUGGCGACUCUGCGCGGCCUCCACAUAGACCUAGAGAAGCGAAAAAGCGACUUGUUCCGGCUCGACGAGCACCGCCAGCAGCAGCGGUGGGUGGACUUCGCCAACGCCGUGCACCUCGCAAAGCCAUCCAAGUCGCGGCCCUCGCCGCCAGCCGUCCCCCUGCUGCCCCUGACCGAGGCGGGCACCAAGGGCGAGAGGACAGACGAGGGCAGGGGGAUGGACACAACGGCCCCCACACGGCCCACGACAUCACCUGGGACGCACCUGGUGGCCUCGGCGACCAGCCGCGAGAAUGAGGGCAAGACCGGCGAGGUGAGUGAGUGAGUGAGCCACAUGAAGGAGGAUGAUUUCUCGAUUGGCACUGUCUGUGUGUUGGUCAGGGUGAAGGUGGCGUGGCGCUGCCGUCGAUGUCGGUGAGGGCGGUGGGCGACCGGUCGCGGGGCCUGCAGGAGCACCUCAAGGUGUGGGACAACGAGCUACGCCAGAUGAAGAACUUCCUCGUUGACAUCAAGUAAUCGCCCACACACCGACACCCACACCCACACCCACACCCACACACAAGCCAAGCCAAUAUCUCCUUGUAUUAUGCAGGCUCGACAUAGCUGCUGGAGGUCCUCCUGGGCCUGAUGAGGAUGAGCAUGUAGAUGAGGCCCUGAUAGACGAGGAUGAGGGCGAGGUGGAGCGUGGGCCGGUGCUGCUGCCCGAGAAGGUAGGCGGUGUGGAGGUGCGGCCGCUGGCCAAGCCUGACAUUGGCCACCGGGUGGAGCCGCCGCCACUGCCGUCAUCUGCAGCACUCAGAUGUAAGCAGGGAGAGGGGAGCAGGGAGGCUGAGGUGUACAAUGAUGAUGGAAUAGGUUGAGGAGGGCGUCUGCACGCCCUUUGACUGCUACUAUGGUCACAAUUCGCUGAGCAACUCACACCAGCAUACAUAGCCCACCCACCGUCUUCCCUCAACAACGAAUUCUGCUUUAUCUCUCUUUUUCUCUCUCUCUCUGUGUGUGUGUGUGUGUGUGAUCAGACUUUCCCUCGUCCAAGGCCCGUUCUCUUCUGGAGAGCUUUGACGUCACCCAGCCCAGCCCGUCCACCCCCACCCCCACCCUGACACGGCAGCCCCCCUCAUCAGCGGUCGGCAUGCGCAUCAACGUGCCCUCCCCCGACCCAUCUGACCACCACAUGCCCUCUCGCACAUCGCUUUCAUUCUCGGUCACACCACAGUCGUCCGUGGCGGCCUCACACCUGCCGUCCCACAGCCAGAGUGUGCUGCCGGGUGGUGAGACGGGCCAGGGGUCUCGGAGCGCUUCGCUGAAGAGCUUGGAGCCGCUGCAGAUGCCAGGGGGGAGCGGGGCGUAGGUAGGAUUGUAGCUACUGCUUGAUGGAAUGAAUGCAGUGUGUCAUGUACAGUGGAUCGACGGUCGUGAUUGGCAUGUGUGUGGAUUCACUUUGCGUGGGUGGCUGCGAGUGUCGACGGCAUCGAACUGUAUUAGUCGAUUCAGCGAGGGAUGAAUGGUCUCUGCCAGCCA